AAACAAACCUACAAGAACCCACAUUUCAGUACACGGAGUUAGCAAAACACGUAUAUCACCCUAUCAACCUGUCUUUAUUUGAGGUCACACGAGGUAGUAGCUAAAAACGUGCACUUAAAGUGACACGUAACCGCGUUCACCGGCAGCAUGACCGCCCGCGCGGGUCACAAACGGACCUAAACCAUAAACGAACGCCUCCCUUCUGUGCUAUCCUAGCAAGUUUGUUGACGACACUAAAGAGGAAAGAUGGCGGCGCCCACAACAAGAGAGAAAACGAUGAACAAGCUGACAGAUAAUUUGUUAAACUCCGUUCACGUAACCAGCCAAAGUAGCGAUUUGGAGACAUGGCAGGACUAUCUGGUGGAUUUCAUGGAAAAAGAGGUCGGCAGCGACUUGAAGUCUCUGAAGAAUGUUGGAGACCUGCUGGACAAAUUGAGAGAGGAAAACAACGUACUGGAGGAACAGGUUCUGACUGUGUCCAGUUCGGUGCCUCCUAAAGUUUCUGCAGCUCUGUCUGCUGCUGAGGAGGCCAGAUGUUCCCUGGAGGACUUACUGCAGAAAGAGCGACUUAUCUCCAACAGGCUGCACCAGCACCUACAGGGGGCCCAGCCUUGGAUGGAUAAUCUUGACCAAACGCUUACCCAAGUCGACACUAUAGAGAGACACGUGAAAUACCUGCGGUGCCUUCAGCAUAUAGAGGAACUCAGUGCUGCAGUCCAGCAGUGUCUGAUGACCAGCAGUGUCUGGGAGGCCAUAAGGGCAGUAGACAGCAUGGCUGCGCUGGACGCCGGACUAAACCAGUCUGGAUGUUCUCACCUCCAGGACUUUCUCCGAGAGACACUUCACUUCUGGCACAAGAUCAUCAAAGACCGACUGGCCGGGGAUUUUGAGAAAGUAUUGAUUCAGCUUCAUUGGCCGAUCAUCUCGCCUCCGACUCUGUCACUGACACCCACUGCCAAUGGUCAGGAGAUCAACAGCCAGCUGGAGCUGCUCGUCACACAGCUGCUCGCCUUGCAGAACUCUGACGACCUCGUAUCCCAGAGGGCUUUGGCCUCUUGUCAAGGUGUACCCUCCACCCAGCCUGCGUCAUCGGCCACACCUCCGUCCCAAGACCCCCCCCUCUGUCUGCCCAUCCAGAUCAUGCUGCUGCCGCUUAGCAGGAGGUUCAGAUACCACUUCUACGGGAAUCGACAGACCAACUCCCUCAGCAAGCCGGAGUGGUACCUCACACAGGUUCUGAUGUGGAUGGCGAACAGUUCGAUCUUCAUGGAGGAAAAGAUCCAACCUAUCCUAGACCGAGCCGGGGCCACAAUCAGUGCCAUGGUGGAGCUGUGUCGAGGACUGCUGUCUCUAGUCCAGGAGAAGGUGGCCAGCGAUGCGUCUCGGCUGCUGUACGACGACGUGCUCUUCUGUCACUUGGUGGAGGAGGUGCUGCAAUUUGAGAAGGAGUUACGGAGCAACCAGUCGUACCCAGCGGUGCUGCCCGGGCUGCUUCACCUCCUGCUCGAAGACGCAAUCCUUCAGAAGUGGCUCACUGUGGAAAAGAAGAUGGCAGUGGAGAAGAUGGAUGCCAUGCUGUCGGCCGAGGGAGCUUGGAGCUCUCAGUACAAAGACAUCAGUGAUAUGGACGAGCUGAAGGCUCCAGAUUGUGCGGAGACUUUCAUGACUCUUCUGCAGGUCAUCACUGAGCGGUACCGGGCCUUGCCGUGUCCUUCUGCGCAACUCAAGUUUCUGGGGCUCCAGAGAGAACUGGUGGAUGAUUUCCGUAUACGACUCACGCAGGUGAUGAAGGAGGAGUCUCGCUGCCCACUGGGUGCCCGAUAUUGUGCCAUCCUCAAUGCUGUGAACUACAUCUCCACCAUCCUGGGAGACUGGGGAGACAAUGUGUUCUUCCUCCAGCUGCAGCAGGCAGCAGUUUCACUCGGGGAGGAAGGGGUGCUGGGAGGCCUGGGGGUGAUGGAGGUGGGUCGCCUGGCGUCUCUGGAGGGCUCUCUAUUCGAAGGUCUGUUGGCGUUGCUGGACCGACUGAAAGGAGACAUGAUGGGAAGACUGCUGGAAUGGACCAUGAGAGAAAUCACAGAAAAAACCAAACCGUACGGCCAAGACAGGUGGUUGUCUCUACCACCCCAGCAGGACCAGACCACCAUGACCCUGUCCAGCUCAGCGUGUCCCAUGAUGCUGUGUGUGAGGGACAGAUUGUUGAACCUUCAUCAGGUCCUGAGUCUUCCUCUGUUCCAGCUGGCCUGGCAGGGUCUGGCGGAGAGACUCGACAAUGUUCUCUACCAGGAUGUGAUCCUGUCCAAUCAUUUCAGUGACGGAGGGGCCGUUCAGCUUCAGUUCGACAUGACCAGAAACCUAUUUCCUCUGUUUGGUCACUACUGCAAAAGACCUGAGAACUUCUUUAAGCAUGUUAAGGAGGCGUGUAUCAUCUUGUGUCUGAACGUGGGUUCUGCUAUUCUGCUGAGGGAUCUCCUCAAAGAGUCAGAGGAUGAAGCAGGAGAUUGGGUGGGUGCAAGGGAUCCUUCACCAGAGUCUGCACUCAAUGAGGUGGGGGUUUACUGCUUGGCCCCCUGCGAUGUGUUGAUUCUCCUCAACCUCAGAGCCUCCUGGCCCGGACAGUAACAAUCCUCCCCGACAAUAUUUGCUCGGCAAAUUCUUCUCAUGACAUUUUUGUCCUUAGCUUUAAUCUUUGUGAAGGAGACGGGUACUAUUGUCAACUUAGGUCUGUUCAGAUAGUGUUGGGUAAGUUAAUACUACGCUAUUACUAAUGUCAUUUUAUGCACUUUCUUUUUGGGGGACCCACAUACCUGUCAACAAUAGUUAUGUUAAAAUUGCUUAUAUAAUAAAUCCUGCUGACCUGCAACACCAGUGGUCUCACUAUACUCACUUUUGUAUUACCUGCUGAGUGUUUAUCAUUUCAGCAGAAACUAUUUCUGUUGCCAAAACCAAGAAAACUGCAGAAAGUUAAAUUCUUUUAAGAAGUUUGGAGUAAAAAAACAAUUACCAAUUACCAAUUACAUUUACUCACGUUACUGUGAUAAGUCAUUUGGUGUGUAAUUGUACUUAAAGUAUUGUACUUUGCUCCAUUUCAAAUUCCGUUGCAGAGUAAAAACAAAAUUUGAUAAAUCAGCAGCUGGGGGGGGAAUAAUGUUUAACAUACAACCCUGUAAUGAACGAACGGGAAGAAGUUAAUUAAUUGUUAACUUAAAAACAAAUGUGAUACAUUUAAUUUUAACCUGCUUGUUCCGUUACUGGUUCUGAAGUAACUAUAGCCAGCGAACGUUAUGAUAUAGUUGCAAUUAAUUGUGUGCAUUUAAUCAGAAUAUUCUUUAAUUGGCACGCUAAUAAUAAGCAAACUGUUAAUUUUAGAUGUGUGCAUCACUUUUAAAUUCCCCCUGGAAACAGUUGCAAUUGUACUUCAACACAUGGAAAUAAACUUUGAUGUUUGAAAUCUUAAUUAAGUAAAAAAACAACUUAUGUUUGGAAGUUCUGAAACUGUCAGAAAAAUACUUAAUUUAACUUGAAUAAUAAGUUUAGAAAAGUUAAGCUGAUUCCACAAAAUGUUUCAUUAAAUGUUUCCCUGUGUCCUCUAAACUUCUCACUCACUAUUUAACCUUCUAACUGAAGGACACUGUACAUGCAUGACAUACACACAAAACACACACACCUUUUAACACACUGGGUGUUUUUAUUGAAAUAGACAUAAUAAAUAUUUUGUCCAGUGGCAUUCUUGCCAUGAGCAGCAUGCACAGUCACUGCUAUCAUGGCUGUUGUGUAGCAUUUCCUGUUUAAGAAGUUCCACUCGAGGUUAAUACCACUCGUCACACACAGGUGUGUUCAGGGUAGUAAGCGGUGUGCAGUAGUCUAAGGAACAAUCUCAAUCAAACAACUAUUUAUUCCGCCAGAAAUCUGCCCCGUAGCAGUCAGCAAAGAGUUUGUACACAAACAAAUUGCACAACAGUUAUUGUGCUUUGGAGCUGUGGAUAGUCCUGUAGGUGAGGCGUUAGGGCUACAGCAGGA